UUUUGUCUUAUUGCCAGCUUCCCUUUCUGCAUCGCCUUCAGCUGCGGGAACCAUGACUACUUUCUCCAGCCAUAGCCAGUCCUUCUUGAGAGGAGGCCAGGGGCCCAGAGGAGGGAGUCUGCUCGCCUUAACCGGAUCUCAGCCGACAUCCAAUGUCUUUGGGGGGAGUGGGGUCGCUAGGAGCUUCUCGUCCCCGACGAAGCGUUAUGGGCAGGAGACCAACGUCCUUGAUAUGAACGAGAAGGGCACGAUGCAGAAUUUGAAUGACCGCCUCGCCACCUACCUGGAAAGGGUGAAAUCUCUGGAGGAAUCCAACAAAGAGCUGGAACGAUGCAUUCGGGAAACCUACGAAAAGCGAUCGUCCGCUGGGCCUUCUGACCUGAGUGGGUAUUUCAACACUGCCAGUGAGCUGAGGGCUCAGAUCCAAGAAGAGGCCUCAAGAAAUGUGGGGCUGCUUCUCCAGAUUGACAACGCCAAACUGGCUGCGGGUGAUUUCAGAGUGAAGCUAGAAUCGGAGCUGGCCAUGCGCCUGUCUGUGGAGGGAGACCUUGGCGGCCUGCGCAAGGCAUUGGAGGACCUCAAAACAAGCCGAGCUGGUCUGCAGCUGCAAGUAGACAACCUCCAGGAGGAACUGGCUUUUCUCAAGAAAAACCACCAGGAGGAAGUCGCCUCUCUCCAAGGAAGGCUGGGAGGCACCAUCAAUGUGGAGGUGGACUCCAUGCCCAGCAUUGACCUGCAGAAAAUCCUGGCUGAGAUCCGCGACCAAUAUGAGCAAAUCAUGGAGAAGAACCGCCAGGAAGCUGAGGCAUUGCACAAGGCCCAGUGUGAUGCCAUCAGCCAGGAGGUCGCAGUCAGCACGGAAGCCUUCCAGGCAGCUCAGGUGAAGAUUGCAGAGCUGAAGCGGCUGGCCCAGGCCUUGGAGAUCGAGCUCCAGUCCCUCCACAACACGAAAGCAGCCCUGGAAAGUACCUUGGCGGAGACCGAAUCCCACUACGGCAUGGAGCUGUCUCGGCUGGGGGACCUCGUCGCUGCCAGGGAGGCUGAGCUGCUGCAGCUGAGAGCCAAUGCCCAGAACCAGGCUGAAGACUACCAGCGACUGAUGGGCGUCAAGGCCCGGCUGGAGCAGGAGAUCGCCACCUACCGGCGUCUGCUUGAAGGAUCAGAAGCGGACCCACCAGUCGUCCUAGAGCCUUCUUCCACCCGCCGGGUGAAGACCCUCAUUGAAGAACUGGUGGAUGGCAAGGUGGUCUCCUCUCAUGUGGAGGAGGUUGAGCAACAGCUCUGA